GGGCUGGCAGCUUCGGUGGGCGGGGUCGGCCGAGCGCGUCCGGCGCGGGUUUCUCCACAGACCCGACAGAGCUGAGGGCGGCGCCAUUAAGGCCACGCCUCCUACGCCGACUCGGGUGGCUCGGAGCGGUGUCGUAGCCUCGCGGGGGCGGAGACUCGGCCGCUCAAAGCCUAGGGCCCGAGCGGCGUCGUCAGCCGCUUUGAUUCUUCCGGUUUCUGGUAGCUGCGUCGCUUCCCUCCGAAGGCUGGGGAUACGCCCUCUCUGUAGCCUGCCCUCAUCCUCCUUUCGACAUCGAAUCCGUCCGAGUUGCUCCGGGACACCUGCAGCCCAACAUUCUCUCGCUCUGGUUCUCUCCUCUUGGAGGACCUCGGCCCCCCAUUGCCCACUUUCCUGGAUGUGCUGGCCCUUCCCACCCCCCUAAAAUGUCCAAUAACCUACGGAGGGUCUUCCUGAAACCCGCAGAGGAAAAGUCAGGCAACGCCUCGAAGUGUGUUUCAGGCUGCAUGUACCAAGUAGUUCAGACGGUUGGCUCGGAUGGAAAAAAUCUUCUGCAAUUACUUCCAAUUCCUAAUUCUUCUGGAAAUCUUAUACCACUAGUUCAAUCUUCAGUCAUGUCUGAUGCUUUGAAAGGGAAUACAGGAAGCCCAGUUCAAGUUACUUUUCAGACUCAGAUUUCCAGCUCUUCCACAAGUGCAUCAGUUCAAUUGCCCAUUUUUCAGCCAGCCAGUUCUUCAAACUAUUUUCUUACAAGAACAGUAGAUUCAGCAGAAAAAGUUAGAGUUACUUCUGUGGGAACUGAAAAUUUUACCUCAUCAGUUUCUAAAGUUCAGAGUCAUGGUGUGAAAAUUGAUGGACUCACCAUGCAAACAUUUGCUGUUUCUCCCUCCUCAACACAAAAUGAUUCACCUUAUAUUUUAGUAAAUACUCAGAGUCUUCCAAUGACUGUGAAGUCUCCAGUUUUGCCUUCUGGGCAUCAUUUACAGAUUCCAGCCCAUGCUGAAGUGAAAUCUGUACCAGCGUCUUCAUUGCCUCCUUCAGUUCAGCAAAAGAUACUUGCAACUGCAACCACAAGUACCUCAGGAACAGUUGAGGCCUCCCAAAUGCCAACCGUUAUUUACGUAUCUCCUGUAAACACAGUGAAAAAUGUAGUUACCAAGAACUUUCAAAACAUUUAUCCAAAACCUGUUACAGAAAUAGCAAAGCCAGUGAUACUAAAUACCACACAAAUUCCAGUGAAUGUUGCUAAAGAGGCACAAAUAAAAAGUGGUCAGCAUUCUCAAGCUGCUCCUGUGAAAUGGAUUUUUCAAGAAAAUCUACAGCCUUGCAGUCCAUCUCUUGUUCCUGUUAAGUCUUCAAAUAAUGUGGCUUCAAAGAUUUUAAAAACUUUUGUAGAUAGGAAAAGUUUGGGAGAUAAUACUAUAAAUAUGCCAGCAUUGAGCACAGUCAACCCUAGUGGGACACAGUCCAAAAGUAUACCUAUUAAAGAUAAUGCUUUGGUUAUGUUUAAUGGGAAAGUUUACCUGUUGGCUAAAAAGGGAACAGAUGUUUUGCCAUCACAAAUUGACCAACAGAAUUCUGUUUCUCCUGAUAUUCCACCAAGAAAAGAUACAUCACAGAUAGUGAGUUCAAGCCCAGUCACAGAAAUAUCCAGAGAGGUUGUAAAUAUUGUUUUGGCUAAAAGUAAAUCUUACCAGAUGGAAACAAAAUCACUUUCAAAUACUCAGCCUGCUUCCAUGAUCAAUCUAAGGGCAGAGAAGAAUAAAAAAGUGGAGAAACCAUCUCUUUCUACCCCAAACCCACAUAAUAUGAAUCAACCCAUUAACUACCUAAAACAGAGUAAGAUUUUAUUCACAAAGCCAGACUUUCCAGAUGGACUUAGUACAGUACAGAAUGCCCCCAGAAAAGGAAAUACCAUCCAGAGCAUAGAGAAAAUAAGUUCCUCUGUUGAUGCAACAACUAUUACUUCACAACAGUGUGUUUUCAGAGACCAGGAACCGAAGAUCCAGAAUGAGAUGGCAUCAACAUUAGAAAAAGUUCCUCCAGAAAGAAAUGACAAGAACCAUUCCCAAAGAGGAAGCAAUAAGGCAUCACAUAUGAAGAAUGAUGCUGAAUUUAAAAAGAUAUUUGGUAUCACUAAAGAUUUGAGAGUGUGCCUUACUCGGAUUCCUGAUCAUUUGGGCUCUGGAGAAGGUUUUGAUUCCUUCAGCAGUUUGGUGAAGAGCAAUACUUACAAACAGACAAAGUUUACACAGAAGGAGGAAAAGAAAAAACAGGGUUUUGAUAAGAAAAGAAAAGCAAAAGCCGUGAAAAAGAUGGAUCACACAAAGAAGAGAAAAACCGAGAGUGCUUAUAACACAGCUCUAAAUGGAGGAACUAAUGUCACCAAUUCCCAACUUGUCAACAGUAUUUCCCCAACUUCAGAUGUAUCACACCAUAACAUUCUCACAAACCACAACAAAACCAGAGAAGAAAAGAGAACUGAGGUUGAGCACUGUACCCCUGAGAACCAGGAAAAAGGCACAUUGAGUUCAAAUGUAGCUUUUGAACAAAGUCAUUCCUUUAAUAAAAAUUAUACUGAAGAUAUUUUCCUAAUGGCACCGCCAGAGUUAGAGGAAACCAUUCGAGAUGAAAAAAUAAGAAGACUUAAGCAAGUGCUGAGAGAGAAAGAAGCAGCUCUUGAAGAAAUACGAAAGAAGAUGCACCAGAAAUAAUAAAGUGUUGCUAUUCUUAAAGACUGCAGUGAACUAGCUGCAUUUUUUCCAUAUACUUCUGCAUUAAGUUAAUUAUAGAUGCAUUAAGGUGUUCUUUGCAUAUGAAACUUGUUUUUUCAUCAAUUGAUUAUUAAGUUUUAUUUAAGGACUACAAAAAAGGUCGAUUCACAUGACUUGUGAAUAAUCUACAUGGGGUGUCUGAAUCUUUGUCUAGAUACCUUUUUUUGGAAGGAAAAAUUUUCUAUUUUUCUAUUAUUUUAAUUAGAAAUCCCCAAGUUUGAAUAUUUGUGUGGAGUUUUUGUUAUUGUAUAUAUGCAUCUUUAGUUGGACCACUUAGGUGUUAUUCCAACCAUAGAUAAUUAUUGUAUACUAUUGAAAUUAUACAAUCCAGGAGAGGAAAUCAGCUCCAAACUUAGCUUUGCUGAUAGGCUUAUGUAUGUACUCACUUAGUCUCUAUCCAUAAAAUGAUACAAUUGUCAUUUUUUUUAUUUCAUGGAAGAAAAUGUAUAAUAGCAGUAUUAUUUAAAUAUCCAAACAUUUCUCAGGACUUGAGGGAUACUUGUUUUGUGGCCUUUACAAAGUAGUUUUGUAUAAUCCAAAAUGGGUUUUGGAAUUCAAGCUAUAUACAAUGUUUGCUUUAAGUGAUACAUUGUUAUUCCUAGGCAAAUGGUUUUUCUUCUUUUUUUCUUUCUUUUUGUUUUGAAUAUGUAUAUGUGUAACAGACUGUAUGAAAAGUAAAUCUGAACAAGGGGCACAUUUAAUACUUUUUAAAAUUGUAAAAUGUUUUUCUUAAUGGAGGCAAACAUUUUUCUGUCUGGUUUUCUUUGAUUCAGAGAGUUUGGGAUUUGUGUGUGGAUAGUGAUUAAUGGGAAGGAGGAAAAGUUAUACCCCCCAAAAAGAUGAAUAAAUCUCUGGAAGUAAGGUCACAGACAACCUGUACAUCCUGAGAAGGGAGUAGAACAAAUGCAAACUGAUUGACUAAAUUCUGCCUUUUAGAUUUUUUGUAACAGUUUUAUUGAGAUAAUUUACUUACCAUAAAUUCACUCUUUAAAAGUGCA